ACUCAUCGCUCAGACGCACCAUCCAUGCCCCCCAAAACGCCGGAAGACCCAGAACAAAACCCAUAUGAUCUGCUCGAGGUCUCACAGGAGGCUACUGAAGCCGAGAUUAGGACGGCCUACCGAACCCGUUCUCUAAAAGUCCACCCAGACAGAAACAGGAAUGACCCUAAUGCAGCCCAGAAAUUUCAUGCAUUGACAACUGCCUCCACCCUCCUACUCGAUCCGCUCCGCCGUCUCGCGCUCGAUGCGCAACUCCGUUUGCAAGCUGCCAAGAAGCAGCGCUUCGCAUCUUACGACAAUAAGCGCAAGACUAUGGUUUCUGAGCUGGAGGAACGCGAGAAAGAGUUCAAGAAAGCGCGGAUGGCCAAGGACCAAGAGAAAACUGCGAGGGAGAGCGAAAACGUGAGGAUUCGCGAGGAGGGGCGGAGAAUGCGGGAGCAGAGGGAGAAGGAGCUCGAGCUGCAGGAAUUGGAACGUCGAUGCGCGAGGUCGAAGGACGAGCCAAAUGGAACUGUUGAAGAAGACACCCUCGCUCCACCGCCGCCUGGUGACUUGGACACAACAAUCCGUGUUAAAUACGUUCUGUCGUCACAUCCUGCCCUUUCUACAGCAUUUGCACUCGCAACGCACCUUAGACGGUAUGGCGAGAUUGAUGAAGGGGCAGUGGUGAUGUCACAGAAAGUCAAGAAGCCGAAAAAGUCCAAGGGACUGGUAGGCGGCGAUAUAAUAGUGACCGCGCUGGUGCCAUUCAAUCAGCUGGGCGCUGCAUUUGCUGUGGUAUCGAGUGCCGAAUCGCUGAAAGAUCGGGGCAUGGACGUGGCAUGGGCAGGCGGAUCUGAGCCUCCGAUACUAGGCUGGCUUCGCGAUCGCGGAGAACUCGGGGGACCCGCACCCAACCGGGCUGAGCCGCUCCCAACGAAGGCUGCUCCGGAAGGGACGACGUUCAGUUCGUUUCCCUCCAGUUUCCCUGUUUUUGAUAAUGUGGCACCACCGUCACCUCCUGCUGCAAAGGCGGGAAUGGACUACGAGUCGUUGACGCUACUCCGCAUGCGUGAAGCUGAACGUACGCGCUUAGAGAAGGAGAUACUGGAAGCAGAAGCUGCUGAGGGCAGUUAACCUUGCUUUGCAAUCGCUUGGCAUACUAUGUCUUCUGGCAUCGAACUCUGGUCGCGAUCUCAAUGUCUGGUGUGAGCAUUAGAGCACCGCGUGCCCUUGGUGCACCUUGACGGUUCUGGUGGGCAGUGGUGCAGGACUUUGGAUGGGAAGGUUAGAGGCAUGUACAUAUUCCAUUUUAACAUCCAUCAGAUUAAUUUAUUGCAUUUCUCAAGAAGUUGUUCCGGGAGACCUUUUGAAGCGUGUAUGUAUUAUGAUGGCGUUCAUGUAUCCUUAGUCUGACUGCUACAUCCAG